CAAAGUUGCUUUUGAUCUGCACCUGAAUGCAAAUGUGUACUUUCGGAUCAUUUUUAUUGUAUCAUCAGUGGAUGAUAAGUAUGGUACAGGAUGGAAGUUCUUAAUAAAAUUUGUUGUAACUGUUGUGGUAAAAAGAAGGAAGAUAGUGAAGAAACAGAAGAGGAAAUCACGGAAUCCGUUUUAAUGAUAGAGGAUCCAUUUGUAGGGGCUAAGUUAGUCAAAAAGGAGACUGAAAAAAAGGAACUUCCAGAACCCAUUGAGGAGGAAAAGAGGGUUUUACAAACUAGAAAGCAUUUAAAGACUAAAAAGAAGCAAAUUGAGAGAAUUAGCAUAGGAGGAGCUGUUGCCGCCCUUCCACCGCCUCCAAUUGAAGAAAUUGAAGGGGAAAUACCGAAAGCAAAUGAUUCAUACAACAAUUUAAAGCUUGGAAAUGGAGUAUAUUUGGGGUACUCUCUUGAAAAUAACGGGUCUCUCUACCUCAAAUACACAACUGAAAAGCCCGACUGCAUGGAUGGAGUUUUGGCUUAUAUAAGGCCUGACCGAGAAAUUUUAAAGUACCACUAUGAAAAUAAUGACGGGAAACAAUUAAUUUCAACCAAUGUCAGAGAGUACAUGAAGAGUAAGUUCCAACAUGAUCGCAAAAAAUAUUUUGACGCCUGGCAAGAAUUCUUCCAAGUGCUUAAUUCCUACGGAGGAAAUCUUUAUAUUCUCUCCGCUUUCGAACUCAGUCCACCACCCAGGACUAAAAUAGUUUUAUUUAGCAACAACAAUUUAACUGAAAUUAAAAGUUGUGAGGAGGUUUGCAUAAAGGAAAACGAUCUUUUGGGUGUUUUCCCCUUCUCCCUAGAUUACGAGACCAAAUUAAAUGACAAAUUAACCCGUAAAGAUUUUAUCGAUUUGUGUGAGAAAUAUGGCUUUGUUUUCCAACUGAUCAAGUAACCCAUCACACAUUUCCCACACUUACUUUUUAUAAUCACAA